CGGCUUUGUAAUUAACGUGAAAUCUAGUGGCUGUCGAAAAUUUGCCAUUUGAGGCAAAUGGUUGUUGCAACCGUGGCACAACCGUAAAACAGAAACCCAACAUCACUCUUCUGCUUAUCUCUCUCACUCUGAAGUCUGAACUCAUCUUUGGACCCAUUACCCAUCCAUCUUUAUAAUGGAAGUUACCACUUCGUCUUCCUCCGCCAAAUUUGGAUGCGCAUACGACUUCCCUCAAUUCCGAGUCAACCGUCAUGGCCAUAGUUGCUUCUUCCGAUUUCCAUGGAAGAGCAGAGCAGUUGUUGCAGUGAGCUCAACUUCAUCCACUACCAACACCACCACUAGUGUCAGUAAUGGGUAUGUGGGCCCAGGCAUCCGAAACUACACCCGGAGCGGUUCUUGCUUGCUGAUCCCUCCGCCGGCCGGCAAGAAGCCCCGGGCUAUCAUCAAGUUUCUGGGCGGUGCCUUCAUCGGGGCUGUUCCUGAAGUCACUUACAGCUACUUGACUGAGCUAUUGGCCAAGGAGGGGUUUCUGGUUAUUUCAGUGCCGUAUAAUGUGACCUUUGAUCAUGUCCAAGCUGCUCACCAAGUCUAUGAGAGGUUCAACUCUUGCUUGGACACCAUCUUAGCCUCUGGAUUGCCCAAUGUUGAUCUAUCACCUGCCCAACUAGCUGAGUUGCCAGUGUUUUCUGUUGGCCAUAGCAAUGGUGCACUACUCCAAGUGCUCGCUGGGAGCUAUUUCUCCGAUAAAAUCCCAAAGGCUAAUGCCAUAAUCGCAUACAACAAUAGACCAGCAACAGAGGCUGUCCCUUACUUUGAGCAGCUUGGACCGUUAGUUAAUCAGAUGGUCCCUAUUGUAGACGCAUCUCCCGUUCCUUCCAUGGCUAGGACUGCCUCAGGAGAUGCAUGGAAGGCUCUAGUUGAUGCAGCUGGAGCAGUUCUACCAGACAAUGAAAAGGAAACUCUAAAUUCACUCACUAAGUUUGUUGAUCAGUUGCCGUUGGUGCUGAAUGAGGUAACCCAAGGGACAUCAGAGUUUAAGCCAACACCCUCUGAAAAUCGUGAAUUUUUUAAGAGCUCAUACAAUGUGAAACACACUCUACUGGUGAAGUUCAAUUUUGACGGAAUUGAUGAGACAGAUACUCUCGAGGACACAUUGAAGCCUCGUGUGGAAGCUAUUGGCGGGACACUAGAAAAGGUCGAGAUAAGUGGUAACCAUAUCACACCAUGCGUCCAGGAGCCCAAGUGGCAAGUAGGUGCCUUGUACACUCCUGCAGAUGCUAUUGCUCAGAGUCUUAAAACUCUUUCGCUAAAUGAUGUUAGAGUCCUAUCAAGAACUAUAAUCGACUGGUUUCGAGGUUUUGAAGAUUGAGGCAGCUAUUUUGAAAGAAAGAUAUACACAUUUUGACUCCCCUAAACCCUUGAAGGAAGUCAGACUUAUGUUUACAAUUAUUAUAAUUGUCAUCCCAAUAGCUGGUUUGCUUAUAUUAUAAUUGUCAUCCCAAUAUGUUGUAUAUUAUGCCUAUCGGUAUCACAAUGGGUUGGGCUUUUAUUACCUCUGCAUUUUCUGAA